CAGCACAGACGUGCACGUGGUUCAAUUUUAUCACACAAUAAUACAGUAUAAAAUCGAGCAAAUACCAAUCCAUAGCAUCAUAAGUCGAAAUCAUCAAGCCAUAGAAUGACCACUUGGAAGCUGCUUCUGGUUUUGGGUUUAGCCGUUGGCGCAACACGAUGUUCGGACCUGGAGAUUCACGACGAGGAGCCUGACAUCAUGUGCAUGGUGAACAUCUAUCCGGAUAUCAGUGAUGCAAUUCUGAACAAGCUUGCAGUCUGUGAUUUUAUCAUCGUAAGCUACGACGGCUUGUGCGAUUUUGCGAGACAUCUGAAGAACUUUUCCGACGCCAAACGAGUCGCUUUGAUCCGUAGUAAAGCACCACAUGCCAAGAUUCUGCGCAAAGUUGACGUAAAGUUCGAUGAGACCUUUGACCCCAAUCAUGCGGUUCAGAACGUUGAGGGUAGUUUGGCGGCGGGACUCUUCGAUGGAGUGGAGUUGGCUUUCGAUUCGGCACAUCUGGAUCAACAUGAACAGAUCAAAUAUGCUCAAUUUCUCAAGCUGCUGAAACGUCACCUCGACGAUCACGUGCUGAUCUCGAACUCUUUCGUUUGCCAACACCAUCUUCCGGCUUUCUUGCUCAACGCGAUGAGCGAAGUACUGGACUACGUCAUAUUGGUACCAUCAUCCCAGAAUGCUUCCGCCGAGGGAAAUGCUCUGGCACCUCGAGUGUACUCGGACUCGGUGGCCAACUGCCUUCUGAACGCAAAUUUCCCCCGAAAUAAGAUUGUGCUUGGCCUCCCAACCGGUGGACUGCUAGUGGAUUCAUCGGCAGACCGAGAAUCUCCUUCAAACUUUAUACCAUACGGAAAUGUUUGUGAGCUACAGAACGAGCAGCAACGGCACUGUGAAGAGCAGCAAUACCAGAACUGUUCCUUGUUUGAAGACGGUGUUAAGCUUGUAUACGACGAUCCAAAUUCGGCUGGUGGACGUGCCUUACAGGUCGUUGGUUGCAAACUGAGAGGUAUAUCGAUUGCACUGAGCUACGAUGAUCCAGCUGGAAUAUGCGUGGGAUCAAGCUUUCCACUGUUGGGCGCUGUUCAGAAUGUGUUUGAGCAUCGUUCUGGGGUUUCAGGAUUCCGAGGAUGCCCCUGUGGAACGGAUGAAUCCGAAGAGGAAGAGCAUGAAACCGAUUCUCCAUGCCACUCAAGCGAGCACCACCAGUCGGAUAGUCAUGAAGCAGAUGAUUGCUGUUGCAACAGUGAAAAGCCUUGCGAUGGAUGUAAACUGCUGAAUCGUCUUCAAGGAGCAGUGAAAACUUCCGAACACGUCGCUGGUAUUUCGAAAAGUGUCGCAGACAAGGUCUUGGAAUCACUAGAUAGAGUUGUCGAGCUUGUAUCUUACACCAUGGGCCAACGUCCAGAGUUGCCUGAAUCCCCUCAGCCAGCCCCAGCCCCGUCUCCUGUUCCUUCAUCGCUAUUGGAAUCGUUGCUUCCACUGGAGGCUCUGUAUCAGAAACCGUAA